GAUUUGAGAUUGUGUUGCUCAGUCAUGCCCUUUAACGUCUGAAAUCUCUGCCUCAACAGACCCUGAAGUACCUCUCUAAGACGCCAUGUGUUCAUCAGAAACCAGAGACAGUGAAGGAGUUCCUCACCGCCAUGCUGCCUCACAAACUUACUAAAGCAGAGAAGCUGCAGCUCUUAAACCACAGACCUCAGACUGCUGUUGAGAUCCAGCUGAUGGUAGAGGAAAGUGAAGAAAGGCUGACAGAAGAACAGAUCGAUGAACUUAUACAGAAAGUCACGGACAUCCUGCCCGGUGACCCACAGACAGAAGCCAAUGAAUCUGCUGAUCCUCAAAUGGAGACCAACCAAUAGCAUUACCCCCAGAAACUCACAGUUUAAUUUUUUUUUUUUUAGUUUUUCAUCCUUAAACGCCCAAGAGACUGACUUUAGAUGGGUUGACAGUGAUAAUACUUACGUUUACUGUUGAUCUUUAUUAUGUCAAUGAAAACAUUAGCCAUUGCUACAUCUAAAAUAAUAAAAAUCCAUAUUUAUUUAACCAUAAAUAUCAUGUUAUUUUGUCAGCAUUGUUUCCCAUGCACAAUUGUCGAAGCUGCAUUGAUCUUUGUUUGAGUAAGGAUAUGAUCUUCUGGGCUCAAGACAGUCUCAGUUCCUCUGCGACAUCCUUCCUGUAUUGCUACUCUUUAUUUCAGCUCAUAAAUGUUACAAUCACUGAC